AUGCAAGCGGGCAUGACGAUGACAGUGGCUGACCUGGGUUCUGGAUGGCAGCCAGUGACAGAUCGGCUUGGCGAGGUUUUGCAGUCAGGGGGUGAUCUGGAGAUGAGCCUUUUGUCGCACGCCGAAAUGGAUUCAAUUCUGCAGCCACUGCCACCGCAGCCACUGCAGUCAGGUCUCAGUGAAGAGCUUCUAGCUGUUCCGAACAACUCAGCGAUUCCAGGCAAAUCUGAUAGAUCUGCUUGGAGAACUCUGACACAGCUUGGAGGCGGAGAGGUCAUGAAACUUCGAAGGUGGCCAGAGAGCGGGCUGUCAGUGAAGUCAGAGGAGGAUCCGCCACAGGAUUCUGGCAAGGUGGAGGUGGCUGUGCAGACAGAGUCUGUGGAUUUUACUCUUUAUCCGAUUGGAUUGAAGGCGCACCCUUUGAGUGCAUGGGGAGGCCCUGCCUUGCCCCCUUUGCCGUCUUGCGGGCUGCACUGCAAGAUGCCACUGGUGCAGGAGACGACAAACGGGAAUAUCUCACUGGUUGCCAUGAAGCUUGCUCUUGAAUCCCUUCAGCGAGAGAAGGAAGAUCUAAAACGAAAGCUCAAAGAGAGCCAGAAAGAGGUACUAAGGUUGGAACUUCGGGAUGAAGAUGCCAUAAAAGCAAUGGAAGUCCGGCAGAACGUCCUUCUGAGACAGGAGAACGAUGAGAUGAGAAAGAUAGCGUUGGCGGCUCUGCGCCAUAGAGAAGAAGGCCGCGAGGUUUGUCGCAAAAAGAAAGGCAACAAGAUGGAAAGGAAAAGUCUCGAAGUCAAGGACACCUGGCUACAAGCUCCUCCCAAACAAGCGAGAGUCAAAAGAUCGGAACAGGUGACCGUGGAGGAUCUUGAAACGCCGUCUGAGGCGAUCGCAUCACCUGUGGGACAUGCUGGAGGCUCCCAUGGUGUGAGACGCAUUCGCAGCCACAGCGAUUCCUCUGUCGCAGAGGCAAAGGAGCUGAGCACGAAAAGGAAGUAUGGAUCCGCCGACUCUGAGAAGGGAGAACUCGGUCAACCAGUACAUGCCUCGCCAUGCGGCAGUGCGAAAGACCCUCAGGCCAGCAAGCACCGGUCCACAAAGCCUGUCGUGAGACUGAAGCCAAAAGACACAACAAUUACCAAGUAUGACCCAGAUCCUGGGUCCUGCCGAUCAUCCCAGUCCAAGACCACUUGGAGGGUCCGCGCAGAAGCAGAAACAGAUGAAACAGGGCCAGGUUGGUCAAGCUCUGCGGUGGAUGCUCGUCUGGCCACGGCGUCCAUCUACACAGCUGCUGCACUCAGUGCUGACACACUCGGCUGGGGGGCCACAGCCGCAGCAGCACAGAGCGUUGGGAUUCGCAAGACUCGAAGCGAGGAGGCUCGGAAUGCAAUGAUGCAACCGCUGAACGAUACUAGCGAGGCUGCGCUGGUUUGCGAGCGAGCUGUAAGUGGUGCCUUCGUUUUGGAAUCCGGGCAACAGGAACCAGAUCUGCGUUGUGCUGAUGAGUUCAAUGAGAGUGCGAGCCCUGAUCUUUCACAUGUUCUUGACGAUGUGGUUUGCUCCGUUAAUGCGGUGCGUCGUGACACCCCGGCCAUCCUGGACUAG